AUGACAUCCUUCCCCAAGUUCUUUGGUCCUGAAAGUCCCCAGAUGGGAACUCAGUUUCUCUCUUCUGUCAGCAUCUGCUUUUCAGAUGAUUCAAUUCAUCAGGCGAUUCAUGACAAGAAGAGACCAAAGAAAUCGGAAAUUCAAGCGUCUUUUGGGUUUGCCGUUCCUACUGGUAAGCCCUAUUCGGUCUAUGGUCGGGGUCGCAAGGACUCAGUGACAGCAGAGACCAUUUCUGCUGAUACUGUCCGUUUUAAUGCACCUCAGAUGCUCUCUAUGGACAAGUUGCGGCUCUUGAGCUCGUCUCGUGUUGGAGCAGUCCUUGGCGUAUUUUUUACUCCAAAUUCUCCUCCGGUUAUUGGAUUUGGCGCUAGUCCAGUUAGCACUACUUUUAAUGGGCAAGAUGCUGUCCAUCGCUGGGCCCCAAAGUGGUCUGAUUGCUUUGAGCCCGCUUUGAUCCAGCAAUACUGGCAGGGCGAUAUGAGUGUCCCUACUCAUAGUCUGGUGGUUUCCCUCAGUUGGAAAACACGGUUGACAAUGCCGGUGCGGCAGCGGGAUUUUGUACAGGCGACGAAGCCUGCAAUGCUAUUGAGAGAUUUUUCAAAGAUCCUGCUGAUUCCUGAUGGAUGUGGUGCCCCGGUGGGCCUUUAUUGGCCAACUUCUAUUUCUUUCGAGGAUUUCAAGACUUCUUUGAGUGGACAUGGUACUCCGUAUGGGAGUUUCUUGGAGUUAUUGCGGAGUCAGUCUUCUAUUUUUGAAGACUGGUUUACAGCAGUGAAUUCAAGUGCUGUGUCCUAUCAAUUGCAAACUACUUCUGCAAUGGAUCUGUGGGAAACUUUGCCUUGUCUUCACGGGGAUGGCCUAUUGAACGUUGCUGCCGCCCAACCCCUACGAGAACAAUUUGCUCGCUACGCUAUACGGCAACGUUGUCAAGUUGGGGCAUGGUUGGAACGUGCUCGGCAAUGCUACCCGCCGGCAUUGGGGUAUCAUAGCCCGCCGGAUCACUUUGCGUUCCUAUCUGUUCUUUGUCCUCCGGAGGAUGGGUGGCCUUGGCCGGAAUUUUCUACUUGGCUUUCUGAUUUGCCUUUCGACGCGCUACCUGAUAGGUAUCAACGAUAUGAACCAAAAGAGAUCCCUGUGAAAGCUCGAGCAGUCUUUGUUCCUGCCAUUCUGGUAGAAAAAGCGGACCCUGAUAGCGAUUUGGAUGCUUACGCAAAUGUGUUUGCCACCACUGCACCUACUGUUACGGCUACACCUAACAUUGCUAAAGUCCCGGCUCCAGCUCCGCAUGUUGCUACUCCAAGUCCCCCAAAAGAAGCUCCGCUUCCACCGGUACGGCGCUUGGCCUCCCCACCUUCAGUUCCACAAGAUGUCCUUGGCGCCAUGCAAAAAGUGCGGGCUUUCCAAGAAACAAUUGUUCAUGGUACAUCUGCAGGCACACCCGCUAAUCCAGUUGAUUUGGCUGCUGGUGAUGUGGAGGAGUAUGCCAUUCGCCCGAAUGACUUGGCAACUAGGUUUGCUUCUUUGGCGAAUGAUUCUUCUACGACAGCAGCCAUGCGAGCUGGCAAUAUUGCGGAUCGUCGUCGCUCUAGUUUGGCACAAGGAAGAUUUGGGUCUGGUUCACGUGCGGGUUCACUGGGCCUGGCUCCGAUGCGAAACAAGAUGUUCAACCCGCAGACACUGGCGGCAGCGCUUGGAGUGCGACAGUCUCGUUUUGUUUCAGCUGAUAAAGCGUCUCUUGCAAGUGUGCAGGCACAUCGGACUUGCAGCCCUUAUUUCCUGAAUGUUGCUCUGGUUCUUGCAAGUUUCUUUCGCCAAGAGGAGCAACCCUAUCUGUGUCUUUCUGAUGAUCGGGUGGUGGCUGCGACUGAUUGGAUGAAAGUGCCAGAACCCACGCAGUUGCUCGAGAUCUCAUUGCAGUAUGGGACCAUGGCCACAAGGAGGCAACAUCAGGUGUCACACGAACAUUGCAUUAUACGCUUCGUUUUCGUGCGGAUAUUGCUACGGAAUUUCAACAGAUCCCCCUUCCGUACAAAGCUGACUUUGAUCUGCUAA